CCCGUUCACAGAUCCACUACACAUACUAUAUGAAAAAUGGCCGUAUCGUUCGAGAAAAAACCUAUGAACAGUCUCUCCAAGCUGCGAAGCUCGCCGUCUAGCGAUCGGAGGUCGCUAUCAUCUGCGCCCAUUAGGCCGCCUUCAUAUACCAACACUACCGUUCGGGAUGAAGACAAAAUAAAAAAAAAGACAUAUGGACGUAAUGUGAGGAGCGGUUCCGGUUCCCUUAUACCCACUAGCGGCCAAAAGGCGAAUCCGCAUGUCCACAUCAAUACUCCAAACCCUAGGCCAGUCGACGACAACGAUGAUGGUUACUUACAGAACGAGAACAACCCCUCAACCUUAAACAGCACAUACGCUUUGUCUCUAGAGGCGGCCAUGAGAGUGGAGAAAAACCAGGAGUUUUCGCACCUCGAUAAGGACCUCCAUGCGUUUUCCUCUGACGAAGAUCUCUACGACAGACUCAGACCCACCCCAGCGUCAAUCGGCACCAACGUCCACAACGCGAUAACCAAAACCAAUCACACGACUCAGGCCGGGAGUAAUGGUAAAUUUUGUGCCGAUAGCGAGUCUUCGGACUCUGACUCCGAGCCGGUGGCGCCGGUGGCCAGGACAGCAGCAGCGUCUUUAGAAGAUGUCUUUGACCAGGAAGUGGCAAAAACGGAAAAGAAGUAUACGCUGAAGAAAAUACCGAUACCGCUUUCGGAAAAGGCCUUACUUAAAAGAUUGGCCCCCCACCUUUCGCUUGUACCUCAGAUUCUCGCGGGCUCCCAGACCUCUUAUUUCUACUCGCUAGCACGCGACAUCCAGGACCGGUCUUCCAACGAAGAGAUUACCCUGAAGGAGUUUUCAUCUUUGCAAAUCUCGAAGCUCUUUUCCUGUGGGUACAUUGGUCCCAAGAGACAGACUAUCGCCUUUCUUGCGAUCCAGAAGCGCUACAGCGCAGAGCUCCUAGCGGCGUAUAGCAAGAACUCCACGUUACGGUUUUGGUCAAUCGACUCCUUCGCCAGUUACGUGUUGGCCAACGAGUUGCUCUGCCGCUUGGUCAUAGAGGAUUACAAGUGCAGUGAGGACCAGGCCUACGCCGUCAUGGAAUCAACCGCCGAUUACGGGAAGUACAUUGCUGAUCGGGUGCCAACCGUUUUCGAAGAAGCAGAGUCUGUGCCACUGAGCCCGGAAAAGGCGGAUUUAAAGACGAUUGUUCAGUCUGACUCCAUUCUCGGGGCUCUUAUGGGUGGUAUAGAUGAUAGUGAGAGCUCGGACCUGGACUUGGAGGUGAGUCCGGUGAAGAGGGUGAAGGCCGAACAGGGCUCCAGAAGUGGCUUGAAACGGUUCCAAAGCAUGGAAAAUCCCGUGUACAUCUCGCGCAAACACGAGUUGGCUCCCAGCCCGGCGAAACAGGCACUAAAGUCCGGGUUUGAUCCAGCUACAAAGUGCUAUGACAAAACUAGUCCCGUGGCGAAGGCUGAGCCGCCCUGUGACCACCUUUCUGAGGCAGAACCACAAACGUCCAAGAAGGCAGGCCCCAACACUACCAGAGCGGAUCCUAUUUUAGGCAUGAUUGGGAUUGGUGACGACAGCAGUGACGACAAUCUAUCAGAAUAGACUGAAUCGAAAGAUGGUACCGUAUUGCUAACCUAGGCCCGCCAUCGUUUGUUCUUUCGAUGACUUGUGUCACCGAGACUUAUGUUGUAAGUGUCUAACGAAUAAAUGAAUAAUAG